AUGGAUUUGGGUCUCCCUGUUCCAGACUUUGGUGUUCUGGUAGCUACGGUCGCAUUGGUUGUCGUUCUAAAGCAAUGGAGCUGGAGACGGAGGACUAAAGGAUAUCCUACUCCCCCUGGCCCUCGAGGAUGGCCCAUCCUUGGGAACAUAGGUGGAAUGCCUUCAACCAAUGUCUGGCUAAAGUUCAUGGAGUGGGGAAGAGAAUACGACUCUGGCAUUGUCUAUACUGAGGUCGCUGGAGGCAGCUUCCUUAUCAUCAACUCCCUUGAGAAGGCCGUGGAGAUUCUCGACAAGCGUUCUGGUAUUUACUCAGAUCGCCCAGACGCCCACCUGUUUGAUAUGAUGGGAUAUGGAUACAUGCUUUCGCGUUUGUCCUAUGGUGAACAGUGGCGGGAACGACGGCGCUUAUUUCAGCAGCAUUUACGGCCCUCGAGGACAAAUGUGUAUCAGCCCAAGAUUCUGGACCAGGUUAGGCGCUCGAUGAUCCAAUUUGAGAAGAGGCCUACAGACGGCCUCAAUGUUCUGCGACAUACCGUCGGAGGCAUCGCUCUAUCAUUGGCGUAUGGAUUAAAGAUCCAUCCCAAUAACGACCCCUAUGUCAAGUCUGCAGAAGAGAACCUUCGACCAUUGUUUACCGCUGGAUUGGCUGGCGUUCACCUCGUGAACAUCUUCCCCUUCCUGCGACACCUCCCUGCAUGGCUUCCUGGGUUUGGGUUCAAGCGGGAAGCCCUCAAACACCAGGUGAAGGCUCGCGCCUUCCGCGAGAAGCCUUUCUCUGAAUGCCAAGCAAGAAUUGCGGAUUCCACUGCAACCACAUCCUUCACGUCGCUCGCUUUGGAAGAGAUGGCGAGAGUAGGCAAGGUCGACGACUCCACACUGAGAGAUGCAAUCAUGGAUACUGCAGCCAUCGUGUUUGCAGCUGGCUCGGACACGACUGUUUCAACACUGAGCUUCUGGCUUCGCAACAUGGUAGCAUAUCCUGAGAUUCAACGCCGAGUCCAGCAAGAGUUGGAUGAAGUCCUCCAAGGUCGCCUUCCUGAUUUUACAGACGAAGACUGUCUUCCCUGGGUAAAGGCGACAAUCAUGGAGACAAUGAGAAUGGACCCCACAAAUCCCACCGCGCUCUUCCACAGGUCCAUCGCUGACGAUAUUUUCGACGGUUACUUUAUCCCAAAGGGUACCACCGUCAUUCCAAACUCAUGGGCCAUGCUUCAUGACGAGAACUACUAUCCCAAUGCCAUGAAUUAUAACCCCGAGAGGUUCAUUAAGAACGGAAGGCUGGAUCCCGACGUUCUCAAUCCCAAUCGGAUGGCAUUUGGGUAUGGCAGAAGGGAGUGCCCUGGAUCUCACAUAGCUGAGGCCGUCCUCUUUAUUGCUGCUGGCACCAUUCUUUCCUUGUUCGACAUCCAGAAGCCUCUGGACGACAAUGGAGAGCCAGUCAGCCCACAGAUGGAAGUCCUACCCGGAGUCGUCUCACAUCCUGUGCCAUUUGGUUGCGUCUUUAAACCACGGAACGGAUCCGCACAAACGACUCUGUUGGAUUUGGAAUCAACUUACGAAUUGUGA